GGGAAGGGACAGCGCGCAAGUGUACGUUUCCUAGACUUUUCCAGCUUCUUGCAAAAACAAACUGUUACUCAGAGAUUGAUGAAGAGAUGGAAAACCUUGCUCUUUUCCAGCCACAGUCCACAGACUUCUGGACAGUGAUCUAGCAUUAGUGGUUUGUGGUAAGCAGAGAAGUGAUGGCUGCUUUUAAGUUGGAUUUCCUCCCAGAAAUGAUGGUGGAUCAUUGCUCCUUGAAUGCCAGCCCGAUCUCAAAGAAAAUGAAUGGCACAUUGGAUCAUCCUGACCAACCAGACCUAGAUGCUAUCAAGAUGUUUGUGGGCCAAGUCCCACGGAGUUGGUCUGAAAAAGACUUGCGAGAUUUAUUUGAACAGUAUGGUGCUGUCUAUGAAAUUAAUGUCCUGCGAGACAGAAGCCAAAACCCACCUCAGAGCAAAGGGUGCUGUUUUGUUACAUUUUAUACCCGUAAAGCUGCACUAGAAGCACAGAAUGCUCUUCAUAACAUGAAGAUCCUCCCAGGGAUGCACCAUCCCAUUCAAAUGAAGCCAGCUGACAGUGAAAAGAAUAAUGCGGUGGAAGAUAGGAAACUAUUCAUUGGGAUGAUCUCAAAGAAGUGCAAUGAAAAUGAUAUCAGAGUGAUGUUUUCCUCUUUUGGUCAAAUUGAAGAAUGCAGAAUUCUACGGGGUCCUGAUGGCUUAAGCCGAGGUUGUGCUUUUGUGACUUUUACCACAAGAGCAAUGGCACAAACAGCAAUCAAAGCAAUGCAUCAAGCACAGACAAUGGAGGGAUGUUCUUCUCCCAUCGUAGUGAAAUUUGCAGAUACUCAGAAAGAUAAAGAACAGAAACGAAUCGCACAACAACUCCAGCAACAGAUGCAACAGAUUAGCGCUGCCUCUGUUUGGGGAAAUUUGGCUGGACUGAACACACUUGGACCCCAGUACUUGGCACUUUAUUUACAGCUCCUUCAGCAGACAGCAGCUGCUUCUUCUGGGAAUUUGAACACACUGGGCAACCUUCACCCAAUGGGAGGGUUGAAUGCAAUGCAAUUGCAGAAUCUAGCUGCAUUAGCAGCUGCAGCUAGCGCAGCUCAGAAUACCCCAAGUGGAACAACUGCACUCAACUCUUCCAAUAGUCCAUUAAGUGUUCUCACCAGUUCAGGUUCGUCACCCAGUUCCAGUAGCAGUUCCUCAGUAAACCCAAUGGCUUCUCUUGGAGCGCUGCAAACACUGGCAGGGGCUACUGCAGGCCUGAAUGUUAGCUCUUUAGCAGGCAAGUCCAGUGCAUUGUAAGCAAAAGUCAGACUCCAUCAUUGUUUGCUUCAUACCCAUGUCUCAAUUUCCCCUACUUGAUCAAUUAUCUUACUUGAAACCUUAUGGGAAAAAAUAUUUAUUCAUGUUUUCUGUACAGGAAUGGCAGCCUUAAAUGGAGGGCUAGGCAGCGGUGGCCUCUCAAACGGCACAGGGAGCACAAUGGAGGCCCUAACUCAGGCAUACUCUGGGAUUCAGCAAUAUGCUGCUGCUGCAUUGCCCACACUUUACAACCAGAGUCUUUUAACACAGCAGAGUAUUGGUGCAGCAGGAAGUCAGAAGGAAGGUCCAGAAGGAGCCAAUCUGUUCAUCUACCAUCUUCCCCAGGAGUUUGGGGACCAAGACCUGCUACAGAUGUUCAUGCCUUUUGGGAAUGUUGUCUCUGCCAAGGUUUUCAUUGACAAGCAGACCAAUCUGAGCAAAUGUUUUGGUUUUGUAAGUUAUGACAAUCCAGUCUCUGCACAAGCUGCCAUCCAGUCAAUGAAUGGAUUUCAAAUUGGCAUGAAGCGACUGAAAGUUCAGCUCAAGCGCUCUAAGAAUGACAGCAAGCCAUAUUGAGUGCCCCUCCCCCUGGAACUGGAGUGAGAAGGAUCUUCUGAUUCCUGCCGUUUGUUCAUCGUUGUGCCUAAAGCAUGUCGAUGUGGCGUUCAAGUACAUCGUCCAAAUCCUUGUCUCUUCAGCUUCUCUGAUGCUUGAACUCUCACCCUUUGACCUUGUGUUGACUUUUGAUGCUGAUGUGUAUUUUAUUAUGU